GUGAGAGGAGGAUGAGUCUCGAGCGCCGAUCCGCGCGCGUGUGGUUUUUCUCAACUUCCCGCGCCUUUUUCCUUCCCUGAGGUGGAUUUUAUGAGAGGAAUAUUUGCUUUUCGCUCUGUUUUCUGUGUUUUUUCGUCCUUGUUGUUGAACUAUGGAGCUCCUCUGGUGUCUUAUUCUUCUGGCAGGUUCCGUAACGGCCGUUUUCUCUCAGCGAGUCGGCGGUUAUAGGCUGUCGUACGCCUACACGCCCGAGCUGUCAGAAGACGCGAUACUUGUAGCUAAUAAUGGGAUCCGUGUGCCUUUCGGACGGUCAGUUUUCAUAGACCCCAUCAACGACCUGGUGACUGAGGUGCAGCCGGGCGACAGGUGCACCGUGACCGUCCUGGACAACGACCCCCUGUCCCAGAGACCGGGGCGCCUGUCCCCCAAAAAGUUUCCGUGUGAAUUCGGUCCUAACGACGUGAAGUACUCUCACUUCGGCUCCAGAAGCCCCUCCGAGGACAGAGUGAGGCUCCAACUCAGAUAUGACACUCAAACUGAAACUAUCAUCAUCCCCUUCGUGCUGGAGGUGGAGGUGCUUUUCACCCAGCUGGAAAUCCUCACCAAGAACAUGCCACUCACCGUGGACAAACUCCAUGGAACUAGCAACCCAAUUGACAGAAAAAUACUCGAAUUCACUUACGACAGAUCCUCUGAGCGCUGUGAGCUGGCAUCGCUGGCACCCACCAGCGCUCUGCCCAGAUAUGGAGAAGUUAAAGAUGAGGGCAAACUAGAGAACAUGAUGGAUUGUGACUCCUUCCUCAAAGCUGGCAUCCGCUACAAGCACACCUCCACUCACAAGUCCCCAGACAAGGACUACAUCCCAAUGGUUGUAGAGCUCCGAAACCAAGAAAACAACCUCCUCAAGCAAGAGCACUUCCACAUCAUGAUCCGCAUCAAAGAAGGACUCAAGAACACCCCUCCCAAACCUAGUUUUGGGGCUAUGAUGAUGAUGGAAGUCGACCAGUUCGUCAUGACCGCUUUGACUCCCGACAUGUUGGCCGCAGAGGACACAGAGUCAGACCCGGGAGAGCUUAUCUUCAACAUCACCUCUCCUCUUUCUUACGAGGAAGGGUAUGUUGUGAGUACAGAUGAUAGAAAUUUACCAAUUACAUCUUUUUAUCAGCGAGAUUUAAGAGAGCUGAAGAUAGCCUACAAGCCUCCAGCGCUGGACUCUGACACAGAGAGGAUAUUUCAGAUUGAGUUUGAGGUGCUGGACACGGAUGGUGGCAUCUCAGAUCCGUUCGCGUUCAUGAUUGUGGUGAAGCCCAUGGACACACUUGCACCAGUGGUGACUAAAAACACAGGGCAGCUCCUGUACGAAGGUCAGUCCAGGCCUUUGUUCACUCAGAACAAUUUAGAGAUCAGUGAUGAAGACAACUUGGAUAGUGUGAGGAUAAGUGUGGUAGAUGGUUUGCGUCAUGGUGAGCUCACUGUUCUUGGCUUCAGCGGGAAGUUCUUCACCCCAGAUGAUCUCCAGCGUGGUAUUGUCAUCUACCAGCAUGAUGGAAGUGACACAUAUAGUGACAACAUCAUUUUCCGGAUGACAGACGGCAAGAAUGAAGUAGAGUUUUUGUUCCCCAUUACAGUGGUGCCCACAGAUGAUGAGCCCCCCAUUAUCAAUGCCAACACAGGACUGGUGCUGUUUAAAAAUCAGAUAAUGCCCGUUUCACCACUAAUGCUGAGUGCUGCAGAUAUUGACUCUGAAGAUUCCACUAUUAAGUUCAGUAUUGAGCCUCCGCUGUCUGCAAUAGGUGAGGUCCUGCUUAGGCAGUCUGAAGCUCCAGAGGAUCCUUCCUCAUGGAAAUUCAAUACUGAAGACGGCAUGUAUGAAAAAGUUGUAACAGAGUGGAUCCAAAAGGACAUUACAGAUGGAAAGCUAUUCUACAGACACAAAGGGCCCCACAUUACAGAGACUGUGACUGACCAGUUCAACUUUAAAGCCCAGGAUGAUGCUGACCCCCCAAACCAGUCAGACGAGGACAUGUUCUUUAUUAGAAUUCUCCCUAUCGAUGAUGUUCCUCCUGUGCUUUUCCCUGGAACCACUUUACAAAUGACAGUUCAUGAGUAUCAGCUGACACAUUUUAGCAAGAGCGUUCUUCGCUACACUGAUUUGGACUCUGAGGACCGAGACCUGAAAUACACCAUAACUCAGCCCCCCACAGACACGGAUGAAAAUAACCCAGUCAAGUUUGGAUCAAUAGUUUUAACUGAGCACCCUAAUAAUGCUGAGGUAAGCGAAUUCACUCAAGCACAAGUGAACCAUCAUAAAAUUUCCUACCUCCCACCAGACAUAGAACUGGGCAUCACUGCUCAUGUAGUGCAGUUUCAUUUCACAGUUGAAGACACUGCUGGAAACAGUGUAGAAGGAGUCUUCACCAUAUUUCUGCAGCCUGUCAAUAAUAAACCCCCGCAGAUAACUAACACUGGCUUCACAGUCUUUGAGCGUGGCUCUCAUAUAAUCACAAAUGCUGAGCUUGACACUGCUGACCUGGACACAGAUAGCAAGCACAUUUCUUUUACUUUGACUCAAACUCCGCAGCAUGGUCAGGUCCAGCUUAACUUUGCGGAUUUGAUCAAAGGCAGUGCUUUUAAUCUAGUGGAUAUCUCUGAGGGCAGAAUUUCUUACAUUCACAAUGGAGAUGAGUCUACCAGCGACACCUUUAAAUUGGAUGUCAGUGAUGGUGUGCAUGUUGUACCGAUUACAAUAAGAAUAGCAGUGAAGCCAGUUGAUGAUGAAAUGCCAACUCUGAGUCUCCCAGCAGGCACCAUUGGCUCUCAUUUGGAUGUGUUGGAAAAUGGUGCCAGUGAAAUUACUGCCAGUGUAAUCCAAGGAAAAGAUGAAGACACAGAUGACCUUAGGUUGACCUUUAUUGUUGAGGAUGCUCCCGUGUUCGGAGAGAUCCUGGUAAAUGGAAUUCCUUCCAGUCGGUUCACCCAAGCUGACAUAAUCAGUGGUCUGGUGGUGUAUGCUCACACCAGUGGUGAGAUUGGCCUUGCCUCGAAGAAGGACUCGUUCAACUUGACCCUCACUGAUAUGGCUGAUGAGUGGGUGGUAGGAGGUAAUAAGGUCAGCGGAGUUCGUGUUGAUGUCACCAUUUUGCCAGUAGAUAGCCAGGCCCCUGUUGUAACAGUUGGACCAGUAUUUAGCGUUCUGGAAGGAGACAAGAACACAAUUAGAGGACAUCAAAUAACUGUUGAGGACAAAGACACGCUCACCGAUGACAUUUUGUGUACCAUCAUUGUCCAGCCAACAUCUGGCUACAUAGAGAACAUCUCCCCAGCACCAGGUUCUGAAAAGUCCAGGUCUGGAACAGCUGUCAGUGCUUUCACUGUUGCAGAUGUCAAUGAUGGUCAUAUUCAUUAUGUUCAGAGCAUACAUAAAGGAGUUGAGCCAGUUGAAGACAGAUUUAUGUUCAGAUGCUCUGAUGGUGUGAACUUCUCAGAGAGACAGUUCUUCCCAAUUGUUAUUAUUCCCACCAAUGACGAGAAGCCAGAAAUCUUCAUGCGAGAAUUUGUAGUCAUGGAGGGCAUGAAUGUUAUAAUCGAUACACCAAUCUUGAAUGGAGCUGAUGCUGAUAUUCCUGCAGAAGAACUGACUUUUAUAGUUACAGAGCCACCAAAACAUGGUUUCAUCCUCAAUCAGAUGACCACUGGAUCUACACCAGUCACUAACUUUACUCUCGAGCAAAUUAAAGAAGCUUCUAGUAUCAUUUAUGAGCAUGAUGAUUCUGAGACGACAGAAGACAAAUUUAACGUUAUUCUCACUGAUGGAAAACAUAACGUUGAAGGAACUAUCAUGGUCAUGAUCCUUCCAGUGGAUGAUGAGACUCCAAGAUUAGCAAUCAAUGAUGGUUUGGAAGUUGAAAUUGGUGAGACAAAAGAAAUAAACAGUAAGAUUUUGAAGGCAACAGAUUUGGACUCGGAUGAUGACUUGCUUACAUUUAUCAUUCGUCAUGGACCGGGCCAGGGCUUUCUACAGAGGAAAACAGAUGGAGGAUCUUUUGAGAACAUCACAAUUGGUAUGAACUUCACUCAGAUUGAACUGAAUCAGGGUCGUAUUAUUUAUACACACAAUGGACAGGAAGGCAUUCGCGACCUUGUGAAGUUUGAUGUAACAGAUGGCAUUAAUCCAUUAAUUGACAGAUACUUUUAUAUCACAGUUAGCAGUAUAGACAUGGUGUUUCCUGAUGUUAUUAGCAAAGGGGUAUCUCUCAAGGAAGGUGGCCGGGUCACACUCACCACUGACCUGCUCAGUACCAGUGAUCUCAACAGCCCAGAUGAAAACCUCGUCUUCACCAUCACCAGAGCUCCUGUGAGGGGACAUCUGGAGAGCACUGACACACCAGGGAUGCCCAUCGUGUCCUUCACUCAGCUCCAGCUGGCUGGAAGUAAGAUCUAUUACAUCCAUACAUCAGAUGAUGAAAUCAAGAUGGACAGCUUUGAGUUUGAGGUCACUGACGGUUAUAACCCCGUGUUCCGCACCUUCCGGGUGUCCAUAGUUGACGUAGACAACAAGAAACCAGUCCUGACAGUCCACGAGCUCCUGGUGACCGAAGGUCAGAACAAACUCAUCACACCUUUUGAGUUGACCAUAGAAGAUCAGGAUACAGCUGAGCACCUUCUGAAGUUCACUGUCACUCAGUUGCCUGUGCACGGUAAACUGCUCUACAACAACAGCCGUCCAAUUACAAGCUUCACCAAGCAAGACCUGAAUGAAAACCUGAUUAGUUACAAACACGAUGGCACAGAAUCAAACGAGGACAGCUUUUCUUUCACUGUAACUGACGGAACACACACAGAUUUCUACGUCUUCCCCGACACAGUGUUUGAGACUCGUAAACCCCAAGCUAUGAAGAUAACUAUCGUGUCCGUCGACAAUGGUGUACCACAGAUUGUGGUGAACAAAGGUGUUCACACUUUAAAGCUCCUGCCUUCUGGCCACCUGGGCUACCUGAUCACCAGCAAAGUACUAAAGGCAGAAGACUGGGACAGCAGCCCAGAAUUUCUGCUUUUUCAGAUCACUAUACAACCAGAACAUGGAUACCUGAUCAACCUGGAGAGAGGGAACGAAUCCAUCAACGCUUUCACUCAAGCGGACAUUGACGACUUAAAGAUCUGCUAUGCUCUGAAAGACAAGGAGAAUGCCACCAGUGACAUCUUCCAGUUUUCUGUUGAAGAUAGUGGAGGCAAUAAGCUGAAGGGUCAGCAGUUCCACCUGGACUGGGCCUGGAUCUCCCUGCAGAACCAGAGCUACGUGGUGGAUGAGCAGGCCGGGCAGCUGGAGGUGGUUCUGAGGCGCAGAGGCUACCUGGGAGAGACCUCUUUUGUAGGAAUCGGCACUCUGGACGGCAGCGCAGAGAAGGAGAAAGACUUCCGGGGGAAGUUUCAGAAGCAGGUGCAGUUUAAUCCAGGCCAGACCACGGCCACGUGGAGGGUCAAGAUCUUGUCAGACGGGAAAUAUGAACAGUCUGAGACCUUCAACAUUGUUCUGUCUGAGCCGGUCAUGGGGGCUUUGGAGUCGCCAGCAGUGGCUACAGUGGAGAUUGUGGACCCUGGAGAUGAGUCCAAAGUGUUCAUUCCCCAGGUGAGUUUUGCUGUCGAGGAGGACGUCGGGGAGCUACUGAUUCCAGUGCGCAGAACCGGAGAUGUCAGUGAGGAGCUGAUGGUACUCUGCUACACUCUACAAGGCUCUGCUAAAGGCACUGUUCCGAGUACCGUCCUCUCUUACUCAGACUACAUCUCCCGGCCCGAGGAGCAGGUCAGCAUGCUGCGCUUUGAUAAAGACGAGGCGGAGAAGUUUUGCCGGGUGGUCGUCAUCGAUGACUCCCUGUAUGAGGAGGAGGAGAGUUUUAAUGUGUCUCUCAGCAUGCCGUUGGGUGGCCGCCUGGGCUCGGAGUACCCCAGCACUCGCAUCAGCAUCCUGCCCGACCUGGAUGACGCCCCCGUGUUCUACUUUGGCGAUCAGGAGUACCAUGUGGAUGAGAGCGAUGGUCACGUUGAGGUGAAAGUGUGGCGGUCAGGAACGGAUCUCUCUAAACCAGCCACAGUCACUGUCAGAUCACGAAAGACUGAGCCAGUGUCAGCUGAAGCUGGUGUGGACUACGUGGGCAUCAGCAAGAACCUGGACUUCGCCCCAGGAGUGAACCAUCAGACCAUCCGGGUCACUAUCCUGGAUGACCUUGGCCAGCCUCUGCUGGAAGGCACGGAGAGAUUUGAGCUUGUCCUUCGCAUGCCUUCCAACGGCAUUCUGGGAGAACCAGGGAGGGCCACCAUCUUCAUCAACGACUCAAUCUCUGAUCUGCCGAAGGUGCAGUUUAAACAGGCUGUUCUGGUUGGAGAGGAGAGCGAAGGCCGUCUCACUGCGAUGGUCCAGAGAAGCGGUGACACCGGCCACAGGUCCAGUGUGCGCUGCUACACACGCCAGGGCUCUGCACAGGUGGCCAAUGACUUUGUGGAGAGACCCAACACUGAUUCGUCCAUCAUAACCUUCUCACCAGGCGAGGUGGAGAAGCCAUGUGUGCUGACUCUGGUGGAUGACUUGCUGUAUGAAGAGGAGGAGGAGAUGAGGUUGGUGCUGGGGAGUGCGAAGAGUGAUUCCUCAUAUGGAGCGUCCGUAGGCCGGCAGAACGAAACGCUCAUCAGGAUUAAAGACACUGCAGACAAGCCCAUUAUAAAGUUUACUGAGACGAAGUUCAGUGUGAGUGAACCCAAAGAGUCGGGUCAGGUCAGUGUGGUGAAGAUCCCUGUGCGGCGAGUGGGAGACGCUUCCGUGAUGUCCGUGGUGAGAGUCCACACAAAAGACGGAUCAGCCGUCUCUGGCGAGGACUACCACCCCAUCUCUCAGGAUGUUGAAUUUAAGGAGGGGGAAAGAGAACAUUUUGUGGAGAUUGAGGUUCUGUUUGAUGGAGUUAGAGAGAUGAGGGAAGCCUUCACUGUCCACCUCAAACCUGACGAGAACAUGGUGGCCGAGACCCAGGUGACCAAGGCCAUCGUCUACAUUGAAGAAACCAACAGCAUGGCAGAUGUCACAUUCCCCUCACUGCCACAUGUUGUGUCUCUGCUGCACUAUGAUGAUGUCAAAAGGACCAAGGCAAACGCCCACCCACCUGCUGGGUAUCCUGUAGUUUGCGUAACGGCCUGUAACCCCAAAUACCCAGAAUUUGACAAAACAGGCUCCAUCUGCUUGAGCGAGCGCAUCAACGACACUCUCACACGCUACCGCUGGCUGGUCAGCGCCCCCACAGCCCCGGAUGGAGUAACCAGCCCCAUGAGGGAGGUGGACUUUGACACCUUCUUCACCUCGUCCAAGAGGAUCACCCUGGACUCCAUCUACUUCCAGGCAGGCUCGCGAGUGCAGUGCGCCGCUCGCGCCGUCAACUCCAACGGAGACGAGGGACUGGAGCUCAGCAGCCCCAUCACGUCCAUCAGCGCGGAAGAGGGAAUGUGCCAGCCUCGCAAAGUGGGCACAGUGGGGGCCGAGCCUUUCUCUGCCAAGCUCCGCUACACUGGCGCAGAAGAUCCGGAACAUGCCAACCUCAUCAAGCUUAGUGUCACCAUGCCCCACAUAGACGGCAUGCUGCCAGUGGUCUCCACUCGCCCCCUGUCCAACUUCGAGCUGACUCUGAGCCCUGACGGAAGCCGCGUGGGCAACCACCGCUGCUCCAACCUGCUGGACUUCAACGAGGUGUCCACCCGCCACGGCUUCCUGACCAAGGCCACUCGCAGCAUGGAGAGCGUGGGAGAGAGCUCCCCCUACCAGUACAGUGCCCCCCUGCGGGGCGAGAGCACACUGCGCUUCUACAGGAACCUCAACCUGGAGGCCUGUCUGUGGGAGUUUGUCACGUAUUAUGACAUGUCUGAGCUGCUGACUGACUGCGGGGGAACAAUCGGCACAGACGGCCAGGUGCUGAAUCUGGUCCAGUCCUACGUGACCCUGCGGAUCCCUCUCCACGUCUCCUACGUGUUUCACUCUCCUGUGGGCGCCGGCGGCUGGCAGCACUUUGACCUGCAGUCUGAGUUGCGGCUCACCUUUGUGUACGACACUGCCAUCUUGUGGAAGGAUGGCAUCGGGAGUCCUCCCCAAGCGGAGAUGCAAGGAGCUCUGUAUCCAACCAGUAUGAGAAUUAAUGAGCAGGGUCGUCUGGUGGUCAACUUCCGCACUGAGGCUCGCUUCAGAGGACUGUUUGUAGCGUCUCAUCCAGCAUCUCCUUUGAUGUCGAUGGUCAUGAGUGCAGACCACCCUGGACUGACCUUUAACCUCUCCUUGGUCAGAACGGAGCCCACCUACAACCACCCAGUGCAGCAGUGGAUGUUCACCUCUGACUUUGCAGUGCGUGAUUACUCUGGCACAUACACUGUGAAGCUGAUCCCCUGCACCACAGCCCUGAACAUCGAGUACUCCGUACCUGCUGUGUGUAACCCCAGAGAGCCAAUCACGUUUGAUCUGGACAUUCGAUUCCAGCAGGUGAGUGACCCUGUUGCGGUGGAGUUUAGUCUCAAUACACAGAUGUUCCUGCUGUCCAAGAGAUCUGUGUGGCUCUCUGAUGGAUCCAUGGGCUUCGGCCAGGAGAGUGAUGCUGCUUUUUCAGAGGGAGAUAUUAUCUAUGGGCGAGUGAUGGUGGAUCCAGUGCAGAACCUGGGGGACUCUUUCUUCUGUAAUAUUGAGAAGGUUUAUUUGUGCACUGGAGCAGAUGGAUACGUGCCCAAAUAUAACCCUACAAAGUUCGAGUUUGGCUGCUUGGCCGAUUCUCCUUCUCUUCUCUACAGAUUUAAACUUAUUGAUAAAUCACAGCCAGAGACUCAGGCUCAGAGCUUUGGUGAUGUGGGCUUCAAUGCUCUGCUGGCAGUGGACGAUCCAUCUGCCAUUUCUCUAGUGAAGCAGCCCGGCUCAGAUGGCUUCAGACUGGAUUCUGCUCCGUUAUUUCAGGUGGCAGCAGGCAGGGAGUGGUACAUCCACACCAUCUACACUGUGCGCUCCAGAGAUAACGCCAACCGUGGCAUUGGCAAGAGAAGCCUGGAGUACCACUCCUUCACGGCGGGUUCCACAGUGCCCUCGGCUCAGAGCUCCAGGCGUGAGAAGCGGUGGGCCAGAGACGUCCCUGCCAUCGCAGAGGACAUCAGUGUGGAGAACAACAGAGGAACCAACAUCAUGCACAUCGCUUUGGACCGCAGCCGCAGACGGGCCGCCUCCAGUGACGAGCUGUUUGCUGACAGCCUUGCUCCUCAGGGGCUGGGCAGUCACGGUGCCGAGGACAAGGUGGUGACAGUGGUGGGAGCUGUAGUCGGGCUUCUGCUGGCUGUUGUUCUUAUGGCCGCUCUCGUCCUCGUGGCACGGUCACAACAGAGACCAGCAAAAGGAGCGCCGAAGGUCUCCUCCAGCAUGCAGCCGGUUAUACUGAGGAGCGGCUUUGACUGCAGCGACAGCUCAGAGGUCUGAAGGCUGGCAGAUCAGCUGCUGGCUUUCCUGAUCCUUGAGCCUGUCUCUCUCUCUCCCUACUUUUGUUGUGGUUCAACAAGUGCCUCAGACAGUUCCAGUCCUAUGGAGAGCUUAUGGACCAAAAUCACGCUCAACCCAAAGGAACAACAUCCUGCAUCUGCAUCUCAACAGCGUCCAGCUGAAUAGAUUUCACUUCAUACCACGAUAGAUUUAUCUUUAUAUUUUAUUCUACACUCUAAAAAACAGAGGUACGAUAUGAGUACUUUUUUGUACUCAGAGGUACAUUCUUCAUAAUUGUACCCUCAAAGGUGCAAUAUUGUUCUUUACAGGGUCAGAUUUGUUCCCUCUGAAGUACAAAGUCAUUUCUAACAGCAGGAAGUACAGAUUUGUACCAUUUAACCAGCCAAAAGUUACAUUCAGUAUUCUGUAUCACUGCACUAAUAAACAAUAUAUAUUUUAAUUGCACAUUUUUUUAUUUGAAAGCCAGACAAUUUUGGAUCAUCAAGUUUUUGAAACAUAUUUAGUUGAUGAUAAUGUUUAUAAUCUUUAUAAUCUUUACUGGCACAAAAACCAUGGGUACAAAAAAGGACUUUAACUGAAAGGUACUUUUUUGUACCUCAAUAUAAGGUACAGCCCCAGAGACAAGCUUUGUACUCUUUUAAGUACAAAUCUGUACUUCCUGUUCUUAGUGAGUAGGAGCCAAGAGUUGUGCUCUAUCACUCUCUGAUCCACUGAAAAGUGGUGCAUCAGGAUUGGCUCCAACUAUUUGGUUGUAAGAAAAAUGGCACAUGUUCGUUACACAUCACAACAUCACAUAUGCAUGUCAUAUACUAAAUAUAGUUAUUGCUGCUGCUGCUGCUGUUGGUGAGAAAGCUGUGUAUGCUUACAUGAAUGGACUGAUGACUGUGACAUAUUCUACGACUUUAUAUCCCAGUUUUAAAUAUUUGAUAAUCGUGUUCACUUUCACAUGGUUACACAUACAUACACAUGGGUUUUCUUAUUUAAAAUACAUACACAAAGUACAAACCUUUAGUUUUUUAAAAAGACACACUGGCAGAUUUUGAAAUAUCUUACAGUAAAGAUACAGCU